GCGCCCUUGUAACAGGAGAACCUAAACUGCUUUUGAUUCAAAUUUGUAGACAAGUUCAAUUGGAUAGGAAAAAAGUUGUUAGUUAAAAGAGAUUUGCCCUUUUCCGCCCAAAGACUAUCCAGUAGAUGCCAGCUACUAAAGAUACACAAACGCUAACUGCAAAAAUCAGUCCUGUCUUUGGAGAUGAGUUUGAGGUCGCUGCAACUUUACCACAUAAACGGCCUAGCUUAAGGGAGAGAAAUCGUAUUCCGAUAUCAUUACACCUUAGUAAAGUAGGAAAUAACGCUCCUCUAGGAUGCUACGUAUACACAAUAGUAGAUAGCCGAACAGGGAAAGUUUAUCAAACUUUACUCAACAACAGCGAGGAGCAAUUAGUUGAUAUGACCAGAAAAAUCGGUGGUCUUGUGAGUAAAAAGUUUUCAGUUCCCACCUACAUAAGCAUGUCAGGAGACUGGUCAUUAGAAGACAUGGUGACAACAGUAAAGGAAGUUGUAAAGUUUGUCGAUGAGUCGUUUUAAAGUGUUUACCUGUACAAAUAUGAAAUCCAUCAAUA